CAACAAUCUCACUUCACAUUUCAGGUGACAUUCAGGUUUUUAUGAAUCACUUUGUGCUGUAGAACUGAUAUGAAGAUGAUGGAGCUGCUAUUGGUUUAUUUCUCUGUGGCUCUUCAUCUGUGGAGAUUUUCAUCCCUGGCGUCUCCUCCUAAAGUCAUUGGUGUGACUGUAAAAGCUCGAUCUGAGACCCUGCUAACCUUGGAGUGGACUAAAGUGAACAAUUUCAGCUACAUAUUGAGAUACAGUAAUGGAACAGAAACUCCUCUUAUUGUAUCUGCUCAUGGGUCUGUGUUAAGAUCUACAGUCUCCUCUCUGUCUCCUGGGACCAAGUAUGCCUUUGUUUUGUAUGCAGUGUUUAGAGGAGCAAAGCAAAGUGCUUUCAACUUUACUGCUGUUACCAGUCCUUCUAAUGUCGCCAGUGUGUCUGUAAAGGCUCGUUCUGAGACUGCAAUAACACUUGAGUGGAGUAAAGUGAACAACAAUAAUCAAUACAUUUACAUGGUUAGGCAAAGCAACAGGUCUGAAGCAUACGUUCCCAUGUAUUGGGGAGGAUCUACAGCAACAUACACCGUAUCCCUUUUAAGUCCUGGAACCAAAUAUAACUUUACUCUUUACACAGUAUUUGGUGGAGAAAAGAGCAGUGGCUACAACUUCUCAGCAGCAACCAUGCCUGUGAAUGUGGCAAGAGUUAACGUAACACAGCGAUUUGCAGAUCAGUUAGAACUGUCUUGGAAUCAAAUAAGAAGCAAUAAUCUCAGCUACAUCCUGAGAGACAGCAGCAAGUCUGAGACCGCAAUUGCUGCGUUAGGGAACGGCUCUGUGAUGACGCAUACGCUUUCAUCACUCGCUCCUGGGACCAGAUACAACUUAACUCUCUAUACAGUGUUUGAUGGCAUAAGGAGUAGAGGCCUGACCUUCACUUCAGUCACAGCAUCUCUUACUGUGACUGGUCUGCGUUGUGAGCGUCUGUCUGGAGGAACUUCUUUGGCUUUAGUUUGGGAUGCUCCCUUUGGACAAUGGACAGGAGUAGAAGUGCAGAUGAAGGGAAGAAACCCUCAAUACUUAAAUGGAACAAGACUUGAACUCCAAAAUCUUUAUCCUGCCUUUUGGUACCAUGUGAUGCUGAAAUUAUAUUCAGGAGAUAUAAAGAGUGCUCCAGUUUCAAUCAGCUGUCAGACUGAUGCAAGAGGAGUGAUCGCAGGAGUCGUGUUGGUUCUUCUUUUUGUGGUCUUCGUUAUUUGUCUUGGAGUUGUGAAUCAUAGGAAGACAAUCCUGCAAAGACGUCGAAAAACUCAGUCGGACUUGCACACCAAUCAAACAUCAGUUCAAGGAGCAGAGGAAGGUGUAUAUAAUGUUCCUGAUCCGGCAAAACAACAGUCAUCUGAGGGCAAGAAGCACUUUGGCCAGAGACUGUGUACGAAAAAGAAAGUUAACCCUAUUCAAGAAAACCCUUACCAUUAG